AUGAGGGGUUUGGGGCUCCAUCUCAUUUUCGUAUGUGGUUUUCUGUUUGCAGGAGCCACAUAUACUUCUACUUGUUUGGGUGAUGGAAAUACCAGUUUCACUAUUUGCUCUGAGAAAGAGAGACUUGCUCUUCUCAAGUUCAAAGACAGCGUUGAAGAUCUCUCUGGAAUGUUGUCAUCAUGGGUUGGCAUUGACUGCUGCAUGUGGGAAGGAAUCCACUGUGAUGGUAUCACUGGGAAGGUAGAAAGCCUUCAUCUCAGAGGAGAUUACUAUGAUUGGGUUGAAGGCUACAACAACUACUUAGUUAGUAAUGAGGUGGACUCUUCUUUGGAAGAUUUGAGGCAUCUCAAAUACUUGGACUUGAGUGGGAAUGAUUUUCAAGGAAGUCGGAUCCCAAAGUUCAUCAGAUCCUUCAAACAACUGAGCUACCUCAAUCUGUCGCAUGCUGGUUUUGAAGGUAUUAUUCCUCCUCACAUUGGAAAUCUUUCUAAUUUAAAGCUUCUUGAUCUCAGUUGGAAUGAAAAGCUGAUGGCAGAUGAUAUGGAAUGGACUUUUGGCCUUUCGUUACUUAAGCAUCUCGAUUUGAGUUUGGUAGAUCUUGGUGGAGCACAAAACAGGGGCAUGUUGUUUUACAUGAUUCCUUCUUUAAAAGAGUUAAGUUUGUCACAUUGUGGACUUUCCAACGCUGAUCUUCGUCCUUCUCUUAAUUCUAGUCGAAUACGUUCCAACAUCAAACACUUGGAUCUUGGCUUCAAUUCUUUCGGAGGUCCACUCCCUGGAUUUUUUCAAAACAUGUCAUCCCUAACAUUUCUGGAUCUUUCAUCUUUUAAUGUCAGUUUGGCAUGGAACUUUGCAAACCUGCUAAGCAUGAUACCUUCUUUAGCAGAGCUGCGUUUGUCAGAUUGUGGCUCGAUAAGACGCAUCUAUCUUCCACUCAUGUUAAUAAUCCUUCACUUCUCACAUAACAUGCUGAGUUCACCGGUUCCUGUUAUACCUAAUCUUGUAGGUCUUUAUAUUUCCCAUAACUGGUUAACCGGUCCUAUUCCUACAUUCCUUGGGAAUCUUUCCAAACUUGAUCUUUCUUUUAAUCAAUUGAAUGGUUCAAUUCCAGAAUUCGUUGGAAAUCUAGCUGCUUUAACACAUUUGGAUCUAAGCGUCAAUUGGUUAACAGGCCCAAUCCCAACAUCUCUAGGAAAACUUGUUUCAUUACAAUUAGUUAGUCUGAAUUCGAAUUUAUUAAAUGGAACUAUUCCAGUUUCAAUCGGCCGAAUUGCUAAACUCCAAACUUUAGAUUUAUCUAACAAUUCUUUAGAAGGAGUAGUUUCUGAAGCCCAUUUUGCUAACCUUUCAAUGUUGAGGUUUUUGGAUGAUUCUUAUAACACCAAGUUGACAUUCAAUGUUUCACGUGACUGGAUCCCUCCAUUCCAGUUGGUAUCUCUUGACCUCAGUUCUUGCAAUAUUGCAAAUGGAUUCCCGCAGCGGCUUCAAAAUCAAAGGAAACUUUAUAAGUUAGUGUUGUCUAAUGCUUCAAUCUUAGGACCUCUGCCCAGAUGGUUGCGGAGGAUGCCCAUCAUACUUCACUUCGAUCUCUCUCAUAAUCAACUGAUCGGACCUUUAACAAACCUUCCCAGUGGGGAAACUUAUGGUGGAAGGACAGAUUUAGUAUUUCUUGAUCUUUCCGAAAAUAGGUUAACUGGUAAAAUUCCCAAGUGUCUUGAAAAUCUGCGUGGGUUGUUUACCAUGAUACUUAGCUCGAAUCGGCUGUCUGGUGUCAUUCCAAGCUCUGUAGCUCUUAAUUUAUUGCGUCGGUUGAAAUUGAAUGACAACAACUUUGUUGGUGAGCUUCCUCGAGAAUUGAGGAAUCUACGAUAUUUAUGUAUCUUAGAUGUGGGUAAUAAUAGAUUGUCUGGAAAUCUACCCGAAUGGGUCAGGAAAGAACUUAGAUAUUUGGCGGUUUUGAGGUUGCACAAAAACAACUUCACCGGAAGAAUUCCUCAGUCAUUUUGCAAAGCUUCAAAUCUUAGAAUUUUGGAUGUUGCAGACAACAACUUAAAGGGAACCAUCCCUCCUUGUCUUGGAGAAUUGAUUGCCAUGGUUAGUGGUAGAAGGUAUCGGCCCUUUGAACAUCCCUCUUUCAACAGUGAUGAGAAUGUACAGCAGGUCAUGAAAGGUGUUGAUAUUGAAUAUACAAGAACUUGGUAUAUGGUUUAUAAUAUGGACCUUUCAAGCAACAGACUUGUUGGAGAAAUACCGGUCGAGCUAACUGCACUUUCAAUGUUGGUGGGCCUCAAUUUGUCUAAUAAUCAUCUCAGUGGGCGUAUUCCAGACACCAUAGGAAACAUGUCAGAGUUAAAUUCUCUUGAUUUAUCUGGAAACGAGUUGACUGGUGUGAUCCCUCCGAGCAUGGCAGAUUUGACUUUUUUGAGUCAUUUGAAUUUGUCACACAACAACUUGUCGGGACGAAUUCCAACAGGAAGCCAACUGCAGACUCUCACUGAUUCAUCGAUAUAUGAAGGGAACAAAGAUCUGUGUGGACCUCCAUUGCCAAAGAAUUGCAUAAAUCCAGGAGAAGACCCAACAACAAUAACAUCCACUAGCGAGAAGAAAGAUGAAGCAGCUGAUGAGAAAACCAAGGUAUGGCUGUUUUACGUGGACAUAAUUUGUGGUUUUGCAACAGGUUUCUGGGGUGUUAUUGGGGUUUUGUUGUUGAAGAGGCAAUGGAGACACAAGGUUUUCAUGUUUGCAGAGGAAAGCAUGGACAAGAUAUAUGUUGCAGUUGUGGUAAAAGUUAACAAGAUCAAAAGAAGAAGAGAAACCGCAUAG